UCAACACACAUACUCGACUGAAGCGACAGUACUGAGAUCAGUGACUGAACUGUAUUUUACAAUGGAGGAAGACGGCAAAGAAACCAUUUCAAUUAGAGAGAGUAAAAGACGGGAACGUCAAGCAGCCUUGGAGAGCCCAGAUAUUGGUAUUGGCUUAUGUGGGUGGAUCAUUGUCGGAUUAUCCAUCCUUCUGAUGCUCGCGACUCUGCCUCUCUCCAUAUGGAUGUGUAUUAAGAUUGUGAAGGAGUAUGAGAGGGCCAUCAUCUUUCGGCUGGGGCGGAUCCUACGAGGAAGAGCUAAAGGGCCAGGCCUGUUCUUCAUCCUGCCGUGCACAGAUAAUUUCAUCAAUGUGGACAUGCGCACCAUCACCUUCGACAUCCCCCCACAAGAGGUUCUGACUAAGGACUCAGUGACGGUCAGUGUUGAUGGAGUGGUGUACUACCGUGUUCAGAAUGCCACCCUGGCUGUGGCCAACAUCACCAACGCUGACGCUGCCACCCGCUUGCUGGCACAGACCACCCUGAGGAACGUCCUGGGCACCAAGAACCUGGCUGAGAUCCUGUCUGACCGCGAGGAGAUAGCCCACAGCAUGCAGACUACCCUGGACGACGCUACAGAUGACUGGGGUAUCAAGGUGGAGCGGGUGGAGAUCAAGGACGUCAAACUGCCCCAGCAGCUCCAGAGGGCCAUGGCUGCAGAGGCCGAGGCUAGCCGCGAGGCCAGGGCAAAGGUGAUAGCAGCGGAGGGGGAGAUGAACGCUUCGCGGGCUCUGAAGGAGGCCUCUCUGGUGAUCGCUGAGUCUCCAUCGGGCUUGCAGCUACGCUACCUGCAGACCCUCAACACCAUAGCUGCCGAGAAGAACUCCACCAUCAUCUUCCCUCUGCCAAUGGACAUGAUGCAGGCCUUCAUGAAGAGAGACUGAGGGGAGCCUGUUGGGUGCUGUGUGAGUGCUGUACACACACACAAAACAAACAUUCCCACAUACAGUGGGGCAAAAAAGUGUUUAGUCAGCCACCAAUUGUGCAAGUUCUCCUACUUAAAAAGAUGAGAGAGCCCUGUAAUUUUCAUCAUAGGUACACUUCAACUAUGACAGACAAAAUUAGAAAAGAAAUCCAGAAAAUCACAUUGUAGGAUUUUUAAUGAAUUUAUUUGCAAAUUAUGGUGGAAAAUAAGUAUUUGGUCAAUAACAAAAGUUUAUCUCAAUACUUUGUUAUAUACCCCUUGCUGGCAAUGACAGAGUUCAAAGGUUUUCUGUAAGUCUUCACAAGGUUUUCACACACUGUUGCUGGUAUUUUGGCCCAUUCCUCCAUGCAGAUCUCCUCUAGAGCAGUGAUGUUUUGGGGCUGUUGCUGGGCAACAUGGACUUUCAACUCCCUCCAAAGAUUUUCUAUGGGGUUGAGAUCUGGAGACUGGCUAGGCCACUCCAGGACCUUGAAAUGCUUCUUACGAAGCCACUCCUUCGUUGCCUGGGCGGUGUGUUUGGGAUCAUUGUCAUGCUGAAAGACCCAGCCACGUUUCAUCUUCAAUGCCCUUGCUGAUGGAAGGAGGUUUUCACUCAAAAUCUCACGAUACAUGGCCCCAUUCAUUCUUUCCUUUAUACAGAUCAGUCGUCCUGGUCCCUUUGCAGAAACACAGCCCCAAAGCAUGAUGUUUCCACCCCCAUGCUUCACAGUAGGUAUGGUGUUCUUUGGAUGCAACUCAGCAUUCUUUGUCCUCCAAACACGACGAGUUGAGUUUUUACCAAAAAGUUAUAUUUUGGUUUCAUCUGACCAUAUGACAUUCUCCCCAUCUUCUUCUGGAUCAUCCAAAUGCUCUCUAGCAAACUUCAGACGGGCCUGGACAUGUACUGGCUUAAGCAGGGGGACACGUCUGGCACUGCAGGAUUUGAGUCCCUGGCGGCGUAGUGUGUUACUGAUGGUAGGCUUUGUUACUUUGGUCCCAGCUCUCUGCAGGUCAUUCACUAGGUCCCACCAUGUGGUUCUGGGAUUUUUGCUCACCGUUCUUGUGAUAAUUUUGACCCCACGGGGUGAGAUCUUGCGUGGCGCCCCAGAUCGAGGGAGAUUACCAGUGGUCUUGUAUGUCUUCCAUUUCCUAAUAAUUGCUCAAACAGUUGAUUUCUUCAAACCCAGCUGUUUACCUAUUGCAGAUUCAGUCUUCCCAGCCUGGUGCUGGUCUACAAUUUUGUUUCUGGUGUCCUUUGACAGCUCUUUGGUCUUGGCCAUAGUGGAGUUUGGAGUGUGACUUUUUGAGGUUGUGGACAGGUUUUACACUGAUAACAAGCUCAAACAGGUGCCAUUAAUACAGGUAACGAGUGGAGGACAGAGGAGCCUCUUAAAGAAGAAGUAACAGGUCUGUGAGAGCCAGAAAUCUUGCUUGUUUGUAGGUGACCAAAUACUUAUUUUCCACCAUAAUUUGCAAAUAAAAAUUCUUAAAAAAUCCUACAAUGUGAUUUUCUGGAUUUUUUCCCCCUCAUUUUGUCUGUCAUAGUUGAAGUGUACCUAUGAUGAAAAUUACAUGCCUCUCUCAUCUUUUUAAGAACUUGCACAAUUGGUGGCUGACUAAAUACUUUUUUGCCCCACUGUAUAUCAUAGUGUGCUGCUUUCCCUUGUGCCAAACAUUACGUCAAUGCCAGCUGGUGCAGAGGACGCUAGCUAAAGAGCUUGGUUGAGCUUUAUGAGUCGAAGAACUUCAUGUAAAUGUUUUGUGUGUUAAGAUUAUAUUCUGUAUUGUGAGUUCCCAUUGAAUGGAACAGAGAAACAGGAUUUGAACAAAAACAAGGGAAACUGCAUCGCCACUCGCCGGUACUACUGAGGUGUGGUGUUUCCAGCCCUGCUAUGAGACCAGGAUGUACUAGGGACCCUGUCUGUCUGUCUGUCUGUCUGUCUGUCUGUCUGUCUGUCUGUCUGUCUGUCUGUCUUGUCUGUCUGUCUGUCUGUCUCUCUCUCUCUCUCUCCAUGGGAAGCAACCUCUUUACUAUGGCCAUUUAAACAGCUCACAGCCUUAACUCAUUGCCAUGGAGUCGAUGUACUCAUCUCACACAGUUUCUAUGCAUACCUGGAUGGAAAUUGUAAGUGCAUUUUAGUCUGUUUUAAUAGCAGUAUUUAUCAUCAAGACUACAUGUUCUUCAGAUGCUGUUACAGUACCUAUGCAGUAUACAUUACUGUAUAAUACAUGGUAUGUGUUAUACACUGAGUUUACCAAACUUUAGGAACACCUUCCUAAUAUUGAAUUGCACCACCUCAAAACAGACUCAGUUCGCCAGGGCAUGGACUCUACAAGGUGUUGAAAGCGUUCCACAGGGAUGCUGGCCCAUGUUGACUCCAAUGCUUCCCACAGUUAUGUCAAGUUGACUGGAUGUCCUUUGGGUGGUGGAUCAUUCUUGAUACACACGGGAAACUGUCGAGCGUGAAAAACCCAGCAGCGUUGCAGUUGAUGACACAAACUACCAUACCCCGUUCAAAGGCACUUAUAUUUUUUGUCUUGCCCAUUCACCCUCUGAAUGGAACACAUACACAAUCCAUGUCUCAAUUGUCUCAAGGCUUAAAAAUCAUUCUUUAACCUGUCUCCUCCUCUUUAUCUACACUUAUUGAAGUGGAUUUAACGAGUGACAUCAAUAAGGGAUCAUUGCAUUCACCUGAAAUGGCCUGGUCAGUCUGGCAUGAAAAGAGCAGGUGUUCUUAAUGUUUUGUAUUGUCAGUGUAUUCUGGUGUAUAGUGUUACUGUAUGUGUGAAGGAGGACAUAGUUACAUUAUUUCAUGUUACUAAACCACUCUGUUGUAACCUAUUUUUCUCAUAUUGAAAUGAUUUCUUAUCAUGUUUAUAUUUUCAUAUCCUUAUCAUGUUUAUAUUUUCAUAUCCUUAUCAUGCAAACUUGCUGUUGAACAGUUUCUAUAAAGGUCAAUGUUGAUUACGAUGAAUUGUAAAUGUAUUGACAUACAUUUGAAACGGAACUUUUCUCUUACACUUUUGUCCUUCAAAGCCAUAUUGUUAUUUUCACUAUGAUUCAGCCUUUAAAUAAAAAUGAUAUACACUUUAAA